AUGGGUUGCGUGCUUGGGACGGCGGCCGGUGACGGAGAUCAACGUCGUCGACGGAGAGAACAGCGUAAGGAGUCUUCUGAAGGAAGAAAUAAUGUCGUUAGGGUUAAAGAGAAGCAAACGAAUCGUCAUACUGGAGAUUUUCCGGGGAAUCUUCCGGCGCUGGAGCACCGGAAACCUAUGCUUGAUCCGUGUGCCGUGAAUCAGCAGGGUUGGCCGUCGUGGUUGAUGGCUGUUGCUGGUGAAGCAAUCGGCGAUUGGACUCCUCGUCGUGCAAACACGUUUGAAAAGCUUGCUAAGAUUGGGCAAGGGACGUAUAGUAAUGUGUACAAAGCUAGGGACCUUAUUACAGGGAAGAUUGUGGCUUUGAAGAAAGUGAGAUUUGAUAAUUUAGAGCCAGAGAGUGUCAAGUUUAUGGCAAGAGAGAUACUUGUUUUGAGGAAACUCGAUCACCCGAAUGUUGUAAAGCUUGAAGGAUUGGUUACUUCUAGAAUGUCAUGUAGUCUUUAUUUGGUGUUUGAAUAUAUGGAACAUGAUCUUGCAGGUCUUUCAGCUGGUCAAGGUGUUAAGUUCACUGAAUCUCAGGUCAAAUGCUUUAUGAAGCAAUUACUUUCUGGUCUUGAGCAUUGCCACAGUCGAGGUGUGUUGCACCGUGAUAUCAAGGGUUCCAAUCUGCUUAUUGACAACGAAGGAAUCCUUAAAAUUGCAGAUUUUGGAUUGGCAACUUUUUAUAAUCCUAAGCAAAAGCAGUGCAUGACAAGUAGAGUUGUGACACUUUGGUAUCGACCCCCUGAGCUUCUUCUUGGAGCUACAUUUUAUGGUGUGGGUAUUGACCUUUGGAGUGCUGGUUGCAUUUUGGCAGAGCUGCUUGCCGGGAAGCCAAUCAUGCCUGGUCGAACAGAGGUUGAACAACUACACAAAAUCUUUAAAUUAUGUGGCUCUCCAGCUGAGGAAUACUGGAGGAAGUAUAAAUUGCCAAAUGCUACUAUCUUUAAGCCACAGCAGCCAUAUAAACGUUGUAUCUCAGAAACAUUCAAGGAUUUUCCUCAAUCUUCACUACCUCUAAUUGAAACUCUUCUUGCAAUCGAUCCUGAUGGCCGCAGCACUGCCUCAGCUGCUCUAAAUCAUGAAUUUUUUACCACUGAGCCCUAUGCUUGUGAACCGUCGAGUUUGCCAAAGUAUCCUCCUAGCAAAGAAUUGGAUGUAAAAAUGAGAGAUGAAGAAGCUAGAAGGCAAAAAGCACUAAAUGGAAAAGCUAAUGCAGGCGAUGGUGGUAAAAGAGUCAGAGCACGGGAGCGUGGUCGUGCCAUGCCGGCCCCAGAAGCCAAUGCAGAGAUCCAAACAAACUUAGAUAGGUGGAGAGUUGUGACCCACGCAAAUGGAAAAAGCAAGAGUGAGAAAUUUCCACCUCCUCAUCAAGACGGAGCUGUUGGAUAUCCACAAGAUUCAUCAAGUAAAGGGCCUGUUUCAUUUGGUGCCCCAGACACAUCCUUUAGUUCAGGGAUAUUCAAUAUGAAAUCCUCUGGAUCUUCAAGAAAUCAUGACAGUACAGGACUUCACAAAGGGACAAUGACUAAAAAAGAAGAGUCUCGAAUGGGUUCAUCAUGGAAAUUUAUGCGGCCAUUCAAGCCAUCAACAAUUGGACUUUCAAUGGAUUUAUUAUUUAGGAGCAAAUAA